AUGCAUUGGCUCGUACCGCUGCUACCGGCUGCCGCCAUCUUCUGGCAACACGCCGCCGGCGACCCAACGCCGAGAUACAACCCUCUUCCGCCUCUCCGCGAACAAGCUGGCAUCCAGGAUGCCUGGACCGAAGAGCGCAAAGCGGGCAUCCCCGCCCUCCUCAAGAAACACGGCGUUGACGCCUGGCUGAUAAGCCAACGGGAAUACGCCGAAGAGACAGUCUUUUGGUCCCUCAAACCAGCAUCAACCUUCUCCGCCCGCCGCCGCACAACAUGCCUCUUCCUCGCCGAGCCCCUCACCUCCACAAACUCAUCCGACUCUGACAGCACCAUCAUCACCACCCUGCCGCAGCAACCCGGCUGCAUCAUAGGCUGGACCGCAGACGUCUGGGCGACGCUCAAAACCCAGCUCGAGGCCGCGAACCCAGCCACCAUCGCCGUCAACGCCCACCCGGAAAUCGCCUUCGCCAGCGGCCUGCACGCGGGCGAGUACCAGGCCAUGGCCGCCGGGCUCGGGGGCGAGUGGACCUCGCGCAUGGUUGUCAAGCCCGAGGUCGCCGUCGAGUUCAUCUCGGCCCAACCCAGCUCGAAGCUGCCGCGGUACCGGGAGAUCAUGGAGACGGCGUGGGCAAUGAUUGCCAAGGGGUUCAGUGAGGCGGUUAUUGUGCCUGGGAAGACGACGACAGGGGAUUUGGAGUGGUGGUUCCGGGAGGAGAUUUUGGCGCAUAACUUCUCGACGUGGUUUCAGCCGAGUGUUAGUGUGGUCGAUGAGGCGCUGCCUUGGACUAUGAGAGUGGAAACGACUGUGGAUGAGGGUGCUGGAGGGAAGAUCAUUCAGUAUGGGGACAUGCUUCAUGUUGAUUUUGGGUUGACGGCCAUGGGAUUGAACACGGAUACACAGCACCUGGGAUACGUUCUGCGCCCGGACGAGACCGAUGUGCCUCAGGACUUGAAAGAAGGCUUGAAGAAGGGCAACAAGCUCCAAGAUAUCGUGCGGCGAAACAUUGCUGUCGGCAAGACGGGUAAUGAGAUGCUCAAGGCGUCGCUGGGUGAGAUGCACACGGAGGGUAUCCAGGGGCGAGUCUACUCGCAUCCAAUCGGGGACUGGGGACACUCAGCUGGUCCUCUUAUCGGAAUGACCAACAUGCAGGAGUACGUCUCGGCGGCUGGCGAACUGGCUGCUAUCCGCAGUAUGUGGUUCAGCGUGGAGCUGCUCGUAGAGCACUACGUCCCCUCAAGGAAUACGACCCUCUGGUUUGCCCUGGAGGAGGAUGUGUACUGGGCUGGCGAGGAAGAGGGAUGGCAAUGGGUCUACGGCCGACAAGAGGAGUUCCACCUGGUGAAAGCGGCCAAGUAUCAACAGAUGUCGGAGGAGCUGUGA